UUAAGAACUAUUGUGUAAACAUUAAAUUUAAAUGUUAAAAAGUGUAAUUUAAAUCAGAGUUUAAUUUAAUUAUCAUCAACAUCAUCAGUAUCAGUCAGUAUUAUUGUAAUAAGUUGAAAUAACAAUAAACAAUUAUGUCCGAACGUUAUGGUAACAAUGUUACCACAAAUUUAGUCGAAUUAACAGAUCGUAGUAAAACAGCAGCAACAAAUGACAAUGUCAAUGGUGCAACAGAUUUGGCGACUGAGGAGAAUGCACCGCUGGAGGGAGCCGAUGGUAAAAUCGUACUUAAACGCAAAUUAACAUUAAUGAAUGGUGUUGCAAUUAUUGUUGGCACCAUUAUCGGUUCAGGUAUCUUUAUAGCGCCAACUGGAGUUUUCCAAAAUACAGAAUCAGUUGGCAGUUCACUUCUAAUUUGGGCAGCGUGUGGUAUUCUGUCAACAAUUGGUGCUUUAUGUUAUGCCGAAUUGGGUACCAGUAUCACGCGUUCUGGUGGUGAUUAUGCCUAUUUGUUAGUGGCAUUUGGUCCUCUUGUAGGAUUUUUACGAUUAUGGAUUGCCUUGUUGAUUAUAAGGCCAACCACACAGACAAUUGUCGCCUUAACGUUUGCACAGUAUGCGGCGAAACCAUUUUUCGAAGAUUGCAAUCCACCAGAUAAUGCCGCAAAAUUAUUGGCUGCAGUUUGUUUAUGUCUCCUAACUGCCAUUAAUUGUUUGUCGGUGAAAUGGUCUAUGAAAGUACAAGAUAUUUUUACCGCUGGAAAACUUUUAGCUCUAGUAAUGAUCAUUUUAGCUGGUAUCUAUCAAAUAUGUACGGGUCACACGGAAAAUUUCGAAAAUAUCUGGGAGGGCAAGUAUGGCAUUGAAAAUAUUGGUUUUGCCUUCUAUUCGGGACUGUUUGCCUUUGGCGGUUGGAAUUAUUUGAAUUUUGUUACCGAAGAAUUGCAGGAUCCAUACAAAAAUCUACCUCGUGCUAUCUGGAUUGCCAUGCCUCUAGUGACGGGUAUUUAUGUUCUCGUAAAUUUGGCCUAUUUUGUUGUGGUCUCUAAGACUGAAAUGUUAAGUUCCUUGGCGGUGGCGGUAACAUUUGGCAAUCGCAUGUUUGGUUCCAUGUCAUUUAUGGUACCAAUUUUUGUGGCCUUGAGUACAUUUGGAGGUGUAAAUGGUGUAUUGUUUACAUCGGCUCGACUAUUUGCCACCGGAGCCCAAGAGGGUCAUUUGCCAAAAUUCUUUCAACUGUUUCAUGUCAAACAACAAACUCCCAUACCAUCAUUGAUAUUUUCGUGUCUGAUGUCUAUAUUGAUGUUAUUAUCGGCAGAUGUUUAUGCCUUAAUUAACUAUUUCAGUUCCAUUUUAUGGCUUUCAGUGGUAGCCAGUAUAGCUGGCAUGUUGUGGUUAAGGAAAAAGCGGCCCGAUAUACCCCGUCCAAUACGUGUUCAUACCGCAUUGCCGGUAAUUUUCAUAAUUUGUUGCAUUGUCUUGGUGCUAAUGCCAAGUUUAACUCAACCUAUGAAUCUGUUGAUUGGUAUUGCCAUUACUUUAGCUGGUGUGCCUUUCUAUUAUCUUUGCAUCGCUUGGAAGGAUAAACCACAAUGUUAUGGACGCUUUUCUUAUGCUAUAGUAAAUUUAUGCCGUGCACUCUUCAAUACUACAAUAAUAGAAGCAAAUAAGGACAUGCAAAAUUAAUCACCACAAAAAAUAGGUUACGGCAGGACCAAUUAAAGUAAAACAGACAAAACAACAAAACUCUCAAAGUCGCGUGUGUUUGACCCCCCUCUCAUUAAACAUCUCAACGAAAAUACUACAAAAUCUAAUUGAUUUUUUAGAGUUGAUAUUGUGACUUUAUUUAUUUGAUGUAUCUAUCACAAGUAUUUUGAAUACCAAUAUUUAAAAUUUCAUUAAUAUGUAGUCCAUAAGUGUCGUGUCCCUCGCUUGAUUUGAUAUUAUUUUGUAUUUUUUGUACUUAAAUUUAAGUUGAAAUGAAAAGUUUUUUUGUUGCCUUUGAAUCUACCACGAUUGUAUUUAAUAUAAACAUUUAAUGUUGUACGCUUCACUUUAAGACCCAUUAAGAUACUCUUUAGUACAAUUUCUAAUUUAAUACACAGUAAUUUAUUAUUAUUAUUAAGAUUCAAAAUCGUAUGCAUGUGGAUUGAUGAUUGUAAUUUAUUAAAGAUGCUUGCAUUUAAAAUAACGACCAAUUUAGGGAAACAUUUUCAUAAUAAAUCAAUAAAUAUUUUUAAAAAUUAUAAACAAAACACAA